UCCAUUUUGCAAAGCAUGCCUUAUUUUUUUAAAACAAUUUUAAUAAUCUGCUGCCUGACAAUAGCUGCUGAAAGCAGAAAACACAGGAAGAAAAGAUGGACAGCUCAGGUUGAACACCCGAAACAGGGCAGUCCCAUAUUAAAGAGAAUUCCAGAUUCAACCAAAACUCGACCGUCAAAGUCAGAACACCUUCUCAGAGUGGAUGAUCAUGAUUUCACAAUGAGACCCGCAUUUGGUGGCCCAGCAAUACCUGUUGGUGUUGAUGUGAUGGUGGAAAGCCUGGACAGUAUCUCUGAGGUGGAUAUGGAUUUCACGAUGACCUUGUAUUUGCGCAAUUACUGGAAAGAUGAGCGGCUUUCAUUCCGCAGCACCACCAACAGAAGCAUGACCUUCGAUGGCAGGCUAGUCAAACGGAUCUGGGCCCCUGAUGUGUUCUUUGUUCACUCUAAACGGUCAUUCAUCCAUGACACAACCACAGAUAAUGUGAUGCUGCGCAUCUUUCCUGAUGGAAAUGUGCUAUACAGCAUAAGGGUUACAGUGACGGCGAUGUGUAACAUGGAUUUCAGCCGCUUCCCACUUGACACACAGACCUGCUCCCUGGAGAUAGAGAGCUAUGCUUACACUGAAGAUGACCUUAUGCUGUAUUGGAAGAAUGGAGAAGAAGCAUUGAAAACAGAUGAGAAAGUCUCCUUGUCUCAAUUUCUCAUACAGAAAUUUCACACUACCUCCAAACUAGCUUUCUAUAGUAGUACAGGUUGGUACAAUCGUCUGUAUAUUAACUUCACCUUGCGCAGGCAUAUAUUCUUCUUUUUGCUGCAAACCUACUUCCCAGCGACUCUGAUGGUCAUGUUAUCCUGGGUGUCAUUCUGGAUCGACCGGCGAGCUGUGCCAGCCAGAGUUUCGUUAGGUAUAACAACAGUUCUGACCAUGUCUACCAUUAUCACGGGCGUAAAUGCUUCCAUGCCAAGGGUGUCGUAUAUUAAAGCUGUGGACAUCUACCUGUGGAUUAGUUUUGUGUUUGUCUUUCUCUCAGUGCUGGAGUACGCAGCUGUGAAUUACCUGACUACAGUGCAAGAGAGGAAAGAGAGAAAACUCCACCAAAAGUUCCCCUGCACGUGUGGAAUUACCAGCGCUAAGGCUAUGAUGUUAGAUGGUACCUAUAGUGAUGCUGAUGUCAACAGUCUGGCUGGAUAUUCUGGAACUCCGAUAAUAACUCAGAAUAGAGUCAAGCAGGACAGGAUGGUGGUUCACUUGUCCAUUGAUGGAGGAUCCAAUCUACAAAAAAAGAGACGUCUUAGGGAAUUUGUUGGCAAGCGAAUCAUCAAGAAUACCCACUCAAUUGAUAAAUAUUCCAGAAUGGUAUUUCCAGCAUCUUAUAUAUUUUUCAACUUAGUGUAUUGGUCUGUAUAUCUAUAG